AUUCUCCUCCCUUUCUCCCCCAGGUGCCAGCCCAGGAAAAAUUUCUCAACUUCCAGGGUGUUCUUAGCCCAGAAAUUCAGACUCGGAAUUCAGGAGAUAAGGAAAAUGGGUGUAUCAAUUCCAUUUAAAGACCAGCCUCAUACUACCUCCCUCACAAGGAAGCUUUUGCCCUAUACCGUUUAUGCUCUGCUCCCCAUUGCUAUCUUUCGUUUGUACUUUUACCCUCUUCCCUUCCCUCAACCCUCCACGGAUCAGCUCCCCAGGAGUGACCGAGUUAUCCUCUCUGCAUCUGUGCCUUCUUCUUCAUCUUUUUCUCAAGAGAAAAUUGUUAAUGAAGCUCCAUGUGAUUACACUAAUGGCAAAUGGGUACAUGACACGGUGGGGCCUUUAUACAAUGGCACAACCUGUGGUACAAUCAAGGAUGGCCAAAAUUGCAUCACCCAUGGCAGACCUGACUUGGGUUACCUCUACUGGAGAUGGGAACCCAGACGGUGCAAGCUCCCAAGGUUUGGUCCCAACACUUUUCUUCAACUCCUUAGUAACAAGCAUCUAGCUUUUGUGGGUGACUCCAUGGCUAGGAACCAAUUGGAGUCACUUCUUUGCAUGCUUGCCACUGCCGCUACCCCUAACCUUGUCUAUAGAGAUGGGGAGGAUAACAAGUUCCGUAGAUGGCAUUUUGCUUCUCACAACAUUACUAUUUCAGUUUAUUGGUCACCAUUUCUUGUCAGAGGUGUUGAGAAAUCAAAAACUGGUCCGGAUCAUAAUGAGUUGUUUUUGAAUCAUGUUGAUGAGAGAUGGGGGAAUGAUUUAAACCAAAUAGACAUGGUUGUGUUAUCUAUUGGGCACUGGUUUCUGCACCCAGCAGUUUAUUAUGAGAAUGACUCAGUAUUGGGUUGCCAUUUCUGCCCUGGACUCAAUCAUACUGAGAUAGGAUUUUAUGGUGUCUUGAAGAAGGCCUUAAAAACAGCCCUUAAGAGCAUAAUUGAAAGGAAAGGGACUAAUGGGAAGUGGGCUGAUGUUAUUGUGACCACAUUUUCACCGUCACAUUUUGAAGGGGAUUGGGAUAAGGCUGGUGCUUGUCCCAAGACACAGCCUUAUAAGGAGGGAGAGAAGUUACUUGAAGGAAUGGAUGCUGAUCUGAGAAACAUUGAAGUUGAAGAAGUGGAAGCUGCUAAAGAGAUUGCUAAACAAUUUCAAGGGUUGAGGGUAGAGGUGUUGGAUGUCACCAAGCUGUCGCUUAUGAGACCAGAUGGUCACCCAGGGCCAUACAUGUAUCCAUUUCCAUUUGCAAACGGGCUUCAAGAGCGUGUGCAGAAUGAUUGUGUACAUUGGUGCUUGCCAGGCCCUGUAGAUACUUGGAAUCAGAUACUAUUAGAAAUUAUGAGGAGAUGGAGGUUUCAAUCAUGGGUCGAGGAAUGAUUCGUUACAAUAUCAAAACAAUGACUUUGUUUUACUUUGCUGUGUUGCGCUGCUUGGUUGGUGCAUAUUGCUUCUGCAUAACAUGCUAAAGAAAUGAAGAGAAUCUUUUCGGACUCUCACAUGAAGACAAUGAAAUGAAAAGGUCCUGUUAUUAAGGUGAAUGAGAUUGGAGAAAGAUGAUGUUUUGUUUGGAAUAUUUAUUGCUUUUUUGUUCAAAUGUGUACAAAUGAUAAUUUGUAGAAGUAAUUUAAAGAUACAUGGUAAUUUAUAAUUUGUAGAAAGAUAAUUUAUUUGCAUUCAUUUGUGCCUACAGUUUUUUAUGUUUAGGAAUUACAUUUCUAUGUUGCUUUAAGUCUGGAAUGUGACCCUAUUAGUCAGAAUCUUUUAAUCUUUUUCUCUCUCUCUCUCUUUUUUUUUCGAUAAUAAAAUCUUCUAAUUUCU